GACACCCCUUCUUUAAAUAAAAUUGGCAGAAUUUUUUGGAUUUUUCCACCUCAGAACAAUAUAUUUCUAUAGCAAUCUUGCACUCUGAGGUGAUGUAAUAAAAAUUUGACUGUCAAUUUUGUUUUGAAGAGGGAAAACUAUCGCAAUACGCCCUGUUACAAGAUAUAGCUUGAAGUAACUCUUAUUCAAGCUGCCACUUUUUAUUAUUAUCAUCACGGAUUUUGUUAAGUAAAAUUUUGUGUUACUACUUCUAAACUUGAUAAAAUCCUAAACGGAAAAUCAUGUCAGACGCGGUAGCCGAUUCUACAGAAAAAGAUUUAGUAUCAAACGUGGAAAAUCUGUCUUUGGAGCAGCAGAAGAUCGAAAAACAAGAAGCAAAAAAAAUCGAUAUUAUCCUGCAUGCGACCGGAAGUGCUCCAAUACUAAAACAAAAGAAAUGGGCGGUCGAUCAGGAGAAGCCAAUAAGCGCAAUUAUCAAAUUCAUUCAUAAAUAUCUCAAACUUGAAACCGGGGAAAAAUUGUUUUUAUACAUAAAUCAAACAUUCGCACCAUCGCCAGAUCAAAUUAUCAAGAAUCUUUACGACUGCUACGGCGCAAAUGGAAAAUUAGUGCUACACUACGCCAAGAGUCAAGCCUGGGGUUGAUUCUCGCCAAGAAAUGAUUAGAUGUAUUUUUUCUAAUAGCUGCUGCAGCUCGUCUGAGGUAUUAGCCACUUUCUAUACAUUCUGAUUCUAAGUCAUUUGAUGUAAGACAUUUUCCACAGCGUCUUGAAUAAAUGCGAAACAAAAUUCGCUGCUUUGAUGAGUA